AUGUCCAAGGCGUCUGCGGAGAGAACCCUCCGCAUCGGCGAUGAGAUUGUGCUCGACUCCCCAAAGUUUGGCCAGCUCUUUGGGGAGGGCCCUAUUCAAGAGCGAUGUUUUGUCCGCCCCAACUUUGAACCGCGCUCUGCCUCAUCGGGCGAUCUCUUGAAAUCUGUGUUUCGAGUCGAGCCCCACUGGGCCUCCUCGAAUAUGAAGAACUUCCGCAGUGCAGUCGAGCAACACGUUGAUCCCGAACUUCUCAACAUUGACACCCUCGACAUAUCUCUACCCGAAGUCGACCACGACAGUCUGGAGAAUCUCCGCGCCUUGGCAAAGGCAGAGACACACAUGAAUCUCUCUGACUACGAGCGGCUUCGAUCCAAGCCAGUGACCUACGGGACAAUCGUCCAGUUGCGUAAUCUGCACACCAACAAGCUUCUCAAAGCCAACUCCACCGAAACCUGUCUGAAUGACUCCACGGGCAUGCGCGUCGAGCUCACGCGGUGUCCUCAGCGCGGCUGCGGCUUCAGAAUCAUGCCCAAGCUGCGGCUUCGUAACGAAGGCGAUCCCGUUCGACUUAAUGACACGGUGAUCUUUCAGUCUGUCAAAUCGGAAAUCUAUCUCCAUGUGGCUCAGCAUCGCCCCGACCCCUCUAUCGGCUCUGUGCCCGACCAUCUCUUCAGCCAAUUGGUUCAUGAGGCAUGUCUGUCGUCCAACCCACAUGGCUGGACCCUCUCAGUGUUCAAUUCGAGCCAGCCAUCCUCAGCUGCAGGCGAUCGCUCCGGCAGUCGAGCCAUCAAGUUUGGAAACACGAUUCAGCUCUAUCACCGCGAAACAGAAGGAUAUCUUGUCACUUCCUCGGCUACAGCCGUUAGACGCACCGACGCCGCUGUUUCGCUCAUGGGCUUCAAAUAUGAUCCCUUGAACCCACAGGACUCGUCGUCAUCCCUGACUUUUUGGCAGAUCGAAGCCCAGGACUCAUACACAGGCGGAAGCGUCGGAUGGGGACGGUCUGUUCGCAUUCGCAACUGUGUGCUCAACCGGUACCUCCGUAUUAGCGAAAUCGCUUCCUCCAAGUCCAAGCACACAUAUCGACACACGGUCGACUUUACGACGGACGUGCACGUCUCUCCCACCGGGGAUGAUACACUCUUCAAGAUUUUUCAAGUCAAUGCCGACGAGCGACAGCUCGCCGUUGGAUCACACGUGCGGAUUCAACACGUCCGUACAGGCACCUGGCUGCAUAUAGUGCGAAACCCGGAUGUACCCGAGAGCGAGCAAUACGAAGCGUCGAUCAACGGCCGACUAUCCUCGCGCGGCUGUCCUCGCUAUGUACUGGCAGUCACCAGCGACAUAUCUUUGGAGGACUACUUCCUGCUCUCCGUCGUAGACCCAUCGCUUAUUCAAAAGUUCAACUUUAGCCAGUCCGCUGUUUCAACUCUCGCGCUCUUCACGACCAAUCUAGCCAUCCGACCAAGACGCGACGAUAAGCAGCCUCGAUUCAGAGCCUCGGAAGCAGCUUUUACCCAGAUUAUUGCCGUUUUGACGGCCCUUAUCUUCUCUUGUACCAAUUCGAACGAUGUCAAUCCUUUGUCGCGACAAGGCCAGCCCCAGCUUGUCCAACAAACCCUUCUCCGCGAAACUGGAAUCAUCGACAUCGUACUUCAUCUGCUCAAGGUUCCUUUCACUGGAAAAGCCCGCUUGGAAGCCAGGCAGCUCCUCAAGCCCCUGAUCGUCGAUUCGCUUUGUAUCAUCGAGACUGAGUUUGCUGAUAUUGAUCAAGCAAGGGAUGAGCUCGACAACAACCUGGACAUCGACGACGUUCGCGAAGGCCACGAAUACCAGCUCUCCAUGGUCAUGCAAUACUCGUGCCGCCUUCUCCAGCAGUUCUUACUGGGAUCGGAUCACGAGAACCAGUCGUAUGUCUCCCGAGAGUUCCACACUCUCGCUGGUCACGUCGACCUGAAGAUUGGCGCUGCCGAGACGCUGAUGCAACUGAUUUCGGGCAAUCAUUUGAUUGUCCAGAGCAUCUCCAACAACGAGAUCGAGGGAUUCUUGGAGCUUCUGCGUCGCGAUAAAGAACCAAGCUACAUCGCCUUCCUGAUUGCCCUCUGUCAAUGUGACGGAUAUGCCAUUCCCAAGCAUCAAAACUACAUUGCCGAAGAGCUGGUUCGUAAAAGCUUGGAGAUUGAGGAUGGCUCCAUCAUCCCGAUCCGCAUCAGCUCCAGCAACGAGCUCGAAGCUCGUGACAAUGCCGCCUAUUUCGAGGCCCUCAUGCAGCUCUAUGAGGCGCUCUGUUUCGGCCACAACCGCCUCUGUGCUGAGUUGUUGUCGAGUGGUCUCGGACUCAUCACCGAGGACAUUUGUGUUGCUGGGAUGCUCGAUGAGGGUCUGCCACUGAGCAUCCGUAGCCGCUAUUGUUCACUUCUGCGAGUGAUAUUUUUGGAUCGCUUCCCGGUUUCUCCUAUGCAGUCUGACUACGUUUUCCCACUCGAGACGAUCGAAAAUCCACCAACCCUCAAGUAUGUCCUGGACGAUGCCGAUCUUGGUGAAGACGAGCCUUUGAUUUCGGAUGAGUCCCUCUGUCGGGUGACUGAAUGGGCAGAGGUGUAUCUGCCUCGGAAUACGGUUCAGUACUUUGAAAAUAAGCACGAAAACGAGUUCCUGCUGUCUGUGCUGAAGCUCAUCAAGUUCCUUGUCAAGUACGGCUUUUAUAAAGAGCCUGAAUUGAUCCUGACCUUCGUAUCCACCCUGAUAAGCAUCCUCGACGGAAAUUUGGACUCCAGAAACCCAAAACAUUACGAAGAGCUCCAGUCCAAAGAUAAGGCGUCUGAUGCAUGGUGGAGCAAGUCUCGGUUCCAGAACAACGACCAGUCGGCGAUUGUGAUCCAGUGCAAGAUAGAGAUCAUCCAAAUUAUUGAAAUCAUCAUGGGACUUCGCAUUGAGAUGAGAGUCUACUGUAACCCGGAAGCCACCAAGGGCUCGUCGCUCCAUACCUUGGGCUUUGCCUCCGCGAAGGACCUUUUUUCGUCGGUGUAUCACGAGACAGAGUAUUUCAAACUUGCGAUCCGCCUCACUCCGAUACUACUGGAUUUGCUGCGAUACGACCGUCCGGCGUUGCGAAAAGUCGCUAUUCGCCUCCUUCAUCGCUUGCAUUCUUCGACAGAAGAAUUGAUCGCGAUUCUGAAGCGGUCGCUUCUCUUGAACAACGAGGAGUACAUCAAUACCUACGACUGGAUCAAGGAAAAGAUGGGGAUCUUCAUCAACGCUGAAACCAGCACCUCGAAUGACCGGCGGCUCAUGGGCGAUCUUGAUGAGGAGAUUGCGCCCGAAAUCGCACAGACGCUGCGGGAUUUUGCCCAACUCGCCAUCUAUGGGGCCAAAACGACAGGAUCGAGCGAUGACGAUACUGUCGUUCCAGCUCCCGUUGCCUCGGUUUAUCUCGAGUUUGCUCCCGACAGAAUCAACCAAUGGUCGAUGAAGAAUUUGAAUCUGUUCGACAUUGUGAUCCGUCUUCUCCAGAAGCGUGUGGAUCACGCGAGCCGUCGCCGUGGCCAAGCACACAACUCUGGCCUUGAGACCCCGAGCCUUUCGACAUCACAGUCCCAGGCGGCUGGCUUGUCCUCGAUUCUUCAGCUAUCCAAUGCUAACGAUGCCGACAACGACAACGAUAACGAAAACGAUAACGACAACAGCCGUUCGAUCGAAGAUGCCGUCCUGGUAGCAUGUUUCGAAUUCCUCCGCAACUACGCCAAUCAACACAAGGAGCACCAGGAUGCAGUGUUUUCCAACCUGGACCUUCUUCUCGAGGCGACGCAUCCGUUGCGGUGCUGCUGCAGCCUCGCAGCCAUCAGCACUUGUAUUCGCUAUCUCGGGGAGCUUUUCAGUCAAUCUUUUUCCGCGUGCUUACGGAUUACGGAGCGCCAAUACCGGCGCAUUCUCGAGCUGAGCGGAGGAAAGCGAGCAGCGUACAUGGAGCUGCUGCGUCGGACUGUCAAGUCUGAAAAGAAGAUCAUCAAGCGGAAUCAAAGCAUUGUCAUGCGGCUCUUGCUUGAACAGGGCGAGUUGUACGUGCCCGUCGGCGAGGUGGUCCGUUUCUUCCAGAGCGGUGCCGACUUUAUUCGCUCGAGGCGCGGAAUGGAGAUACCGCUUUCGGAUCGAAGCAUUUCUGUGGACUAUGUUGUUGAGUUGAUCGACACACUGGCCAUCUGUUGCGAAGACAAAAACCAGAUUAUGCAGACGAUGGCGAACAGUCUCUUGAGUACGGAGAACGUGCUUAUGAUGCUCAGCUCGCCCAUAUCACCCCUAGCUUUGAAGCGAGUCUUGCUCCGUCUCCUGGCCUCAGUUCACACCUGGGAUAUCGUCCGACAGUCAUCGUUCCAAAACAACGAUAAGAUCCAGCUGCAUCCGCUGAUAUGGCGGCUGAUCAAGGAGUCCAUGCACCAUCUCGAGACGAUAUCGUUCCAGGGCGACUCUGUGUUGGAUGAAGAGGCCGUCAAAUACUAUUUCGACGGAGUGCUUGUCUUUUUGCAGCAGCUCUUCUCCAAGAUGCCCUCUACGGACAGCUUUGAUGAAGAGGCGCAGGCUAUCAGUAAUCAAUAUGUUGAUCUGCUUUCUCAGUGGCUCCAAAGACAGGCAGACAACCCCCGUGUUUCCUCCGCAAUCCAGCGACGCGUCGAGCGUUGUAUCUCGACAAUGCUGGGCUCUGGCUUCCGUGGCCACCUGAGACACUCCGAGCAGCACACUGUCUCUACCACGAAGCGGCUGUCCAAGACGCAGACUUUUGCCGAGAAUGUCGACUCCCCACUACUCACUUGGGAUCUUGUCCACGAACGAACUCUUGGUGGUGACGUUGCUGGGAUGAACCAAGCAUUUCAAAAAUGUAUCAAUCUCCUCGAGGAAGACGAGGAUGUAAUUCAGAUAAUGGAGUCCGAGCGCAGCAACCUUGCAAAACUGUUUCAUCUCGACGGCCAAAUCGAUCAAAAAACAAAGUCGCUCAGGAUCACGACAGUCAAGUCCCUGAUCCAGCACUUGGUCCAAAUGAGCGAUGUCUACAAUGACAGUGCCGAUGGAAGCCGAUCCCUCGCUCAAUCCAGCGAGGCGAGCGACAAGUUAGAGACAUGCAACCGAGCUGACGAUCCCGAGAAGUGGUCCCAUCUCGAAAAGCGCAAGGUCUCGUAUCAGAACGAGCUCAAUCGAAUCGGAUGCACCCUGAUGGCGGAGCGAUUGUUGACAUCGACAGAUGAAGGUAUAUUAGCGGCGGCACUCCAGCUCAUGAUCGCGAUCCUCGACGGAGGAAAUGCAGAGGCGCAGCGGACACUGCAAACCUACUGGCAAGGGACAAGGGAGGAACGCUUUUUCUACUGCAUCCACAAUCGCAUCCAGGGAUCCAUCAAUCUGCUCAAGGAAACAAAAGACUUGAUGCAGUAUGUCAAUCGCAAGGAGAGCCGCCACGCGUCCACUGUUGAUCUCGGCGGCUAUCCCCAGAAUCUUUCUUUGCAAGACUCCAUGAGCUCCCUGGCUCAGAUCCAGAGCGAUGUUUUCGCCGGUACUUCGAAAGACAGCGACGGCCACAGAGACUGGGCAAUCACCCGGUCUGUGAUGAGGCUGCUGCAGUUGCUUGUUGAAGGACACAACUUGCCGUUGCAGGACUAUGUCCGAAUUCAGCCAGACAACAUCAAGACCUUUGAUCUCGUGAAAGACACCGUGGAGUACUUGCACGCCGUUGUGCCUGUGGCGAGCAAAGUCAAUGUUGACGUCAUCGUCCAGGUGCUGAACACCAUCAUCGAUUUGGCUCAGGGCUGCACGGCCAACCAGGUCAAUAUCUUCAACGCCAAGAUUAUCCAGCCCAUCAACAUCAUACUUGCGGAGACGUUUGAAACCCUGCCUCGCAAGACCGUGUCAGAUAUGAAGGCCAAGGCCACUCUCUCACUACUGUCGCUAUUGGAAGACGAUCAAGAUCCCAAAAUACAGUAUAUCUUCAAGGAGAUGAGUACCACUCUCGAUAUCAAGACGCUCUUGCGCAUUCUGAACUCGAUUUACAAGUUGGGCGUCGCCGAUGUUAUCGAGGCUCGGCGCAAGAGACGGCCCAAUAGGCAACUGAUUGACUACGUUCGUGCGCCCAAGGAUCUCCUCGACUUUUUCUCCGUCGACGAGGAGACGGAAUCCGCAGAAGAUGUUGCGGAGCGAGCGCUGUUGAUGGACUGUGGCUUCUUGUGCGCGAUGCUGCUUGUGACGUUGGAGCCACAUCUAUCGCGCGAAAAGGCUGAAGCAUGCAACGGAUCUGCCCCAUUCCUGUGGUUCCGGAAGCACACAGGGCGGAUUGAAAUCAUCCGUGAUCAUCACGAAAGCGGCCAGAAGCGUCUAUAUACAGUUCUCUUCCCCAUUCCAGAAAUAUGCAAGUAUCUUCAGUCGGAAGCAAAGUCGCGGUUUCUUUGGGAGAAGGAGCGCGUGUCCCCACAAGAAAAACUCGAGGCCUUCUGCAAUAGCUCGUCUGAUUUGAUAUACGAGAUCCGAUUCCACGCCAAGGUGGCAGCCAAUCGAUUCCUCCGGCGAUUGGCUGAAAAUCGAGAUAUAUGGUGGAGGAGUAUGUACACCAUCACCCUCGCCUUGAACCUGGCCAAUCUAUGGUGCAUCAUCGAGAGCCCCAAAGACAGUCUCCGAACCGAAUCCGUGUGCUCGCUUCGGUUUGAAUUCAUUCGGCUGAUUCUGGGACUGCUACAGUUUUUACUAUGGAGCGUGUCCGUCGUUGAGUAUUCGUGGACACAAUAUCCGAUGGACUCAAACCGCCACAGGAUGGAGCUGCAGCUUGACGAGAUGCGAAGGGCUCGGGCCCUUCGCCUGAAGAGUGACUGGUCGGAUUCAGAAGCGCUGAACGAUACCGCGCCGAUCUCCGCGGACCAGACCCCGCAGCCCUCCGACUGGGUCGAGACUGCUCUUUCGUUCCUGAAGUGGCCGCGGUCUCAGUAUCACACCAUCAUGCUACUGUUUUCGUUCUUGGGUCUCUUCCAGCCAGCAUUUUUCUGCAUUCAUUUGCUGGAUUUUGUCUACAGAGAUGCUGAACUCCAAGAGGUCAUCAAGUCCAUCACCGUCAACGGAACAUCGCUCUCACGCACAGCUCUGCUGGGUGUGAUUGUGAUCUACAUAUAUUCGGUCGUGGCAUUUGUUUUCUUUGGCCAAGUGUUCAAGAUUGAAGAAAGCAAGCACUGCGAUUCGGUGCUCUUUUGCUUUGCGACCAUUUUAAACUACGGCAUCCGAUCAGGCGGUGGCAUCGGUGAACUCAUGGCUGUCCCUGAUCUGGCAACUGAGUCCUACUCGGCCCGCGUUGCCCUCGAGCUGAGCUUCUUCCUUGUCGUGGUUGUGUUCCUCUUGAAUGCGAUUUUUGGUAUCAUUUUUGAUACUUUUGGCCAACUUCGAGAAGAGCACAAAGCGAUCGCCGAUGAUUUGAAGUCGUGCUGCUUCAUAUGCUCUAUCGAGGCCCCUCGCUUCCAGCGCCACGGCAAGGGCUUCGAGCAUCACGUUCAGCAUGAGCACAAUAUCUGGAACUAUCUUUUCUUCCUGGUUCAUUUGGAAAAUAAGGACGUGUCCGAGUACACCUCACACGAAUCAUAUUUCUCUGAAAAAUUCGCCCAGCACGACCUCUCGAUUUUCCCGAUAAACCGAGCCAUCUCACUAAACGAAGACCAGUCUGUCGCAGCUGAGGCCCGCCUGAAAUACGUGGAAGACUCCUUGGAUAAGAUCAUCACUGAGCAUCGGCUCAGUCUCCAGAAUCGGUCAACCGAGUCGCGCGAAGCUGCACCAAAGAGCACGCCGUUCUCAAAUGUAGCUCGCACGCUGAUAGUAUCACAAGCCAUUUCCAAAUUCAAACGGGGCCGAUUGAGAGGCUCGAAUUCAAGUAGCCGAUCCGACGACAUUGCCAUCGUUCCGGAUCUUAUUGUGCCCGCACUUUCUGUGCCAGGUGUCGCCGUCCCGGUCACAAAUCCGACUCGAGCCUCCAGUUAG